AUGCACCAGGACAAGCAAGAAGAAAACGAUGAAGGAGAAGUCAAGAAGACCGCCAAAGCGCAAACCAUCGUCUCCCGGCAAAUCGAGUCGGUUGUCGUCGCCUCCUUCGCAGCCCUCAACAAUCACAACUUCGACUUGACCACGCCGCCCUGGACCUGCUUCUCGAAACACUACCGCAACGACCCCAGCGGGCCCGCGCCCAACCUCUCCACCUACAGCGACUAUCCCAUUCUUUCCAACAGUGACUCCACCGACCUCCACGGCGUGGUCAGCUUUUUCCGGACCCUUGCUGAGACAUGCCCCGGAUAUCAGACGAUCGUUACUGAAAUCUCAACGAGCGAGCUAGAUCUGGAGGCGGGAUAUGGGAGUGUGAUGGUAAGUGCUGAGAGCCAUGGGAUUCCGCCGGGGGUCACGAGGUCGAGUGUCAGCUCGUUUGAGUUUCGGAGGGAGAAGCGGGAGUGGAUGUGCGUGAGGCAGAGGACGUUACCGGGGAUUGAGUAUGUGCCGGGGGGAUGA